AUGAGUUGCCAUAGCGACGUUUACUCCACGAACUCGUACCGGAAGUUCUUCGGGGACUCCUCUCGCGUGCUCGCGGCUCCGCUCCGGUCCUCAGCGGGUUACGGGGUUCACGGAGCCGGUUACCGGAGCCGCGUGUCCUCCUCGGCGCCGGACGCGGAUCUCGCGCGCACAGCGGCGUCGGCCACCGAGCUGAAGAUCGUGCGCACCAACGAGAAGGAGCAGCUGCAGGGCCUCAACGACCGCUUCGCCGCCUUCAUCGAGCGCGUGCGCGAGCUCGAGCAGCACAACCGGGCGCUCGAGACCGAGGCCGAGUCCCUGCGCCGCAGCCUGGGCUCCGAACCCGCGCGCCUGCGGGACCUCUACGAGCGCGAGCUACGUGAGCUGCGCGAGCGCGCCGACCAGCUGGAGCGCGACCGGAGCCGCGCGCAGCUCGAGAACGCGCACAUGGACGAGGCGCUCGCGCGCGUCCAGGAGAAGCUGCACGAGGAGAGGCGCCUGCGCGACGAGGCCGAGAGAGAGCUGCAGCGCUGCCGCAGGGAGGCGGAGCAAGGAGCGCUGCAGCAGCUCGAGCUCCAGAAGAGGGUGGAGUCUCUGCUGCACGAGAUCGAGUUCGCGCGGAAAGUGCACGACGAAGAAGUGCGCGAGCUGCAGGCGUCACUGCAAGCCUCUCAGAUAUGUGUGGAGAUGGAUUUGAGUAAACCGGAUCUCACUGUGGCUCUGAAAGACAUCCGGGCGCAGUACGAGAUUUUGUCCUCACGUAACCAGCAGCAGGCGGAGGAGUGGUACCGCGCCAAGUUUGCAGGCAUGACCGAGGUGACGGCACGCGACACCGACGCCAUCAGACAGACCAGAGACGAGCUGAGCUCAUGCCGGCGCCAGGUUCAGGCGCGUGCACUGGAGAUCGAAGCCCUGCGCAGUCACAACGAGGCACUCGAGCGGCAGCUGGCCGAGAUGGAGGAUCGGCACAGCACUGAGAUCGGAGAGCUGCAGGAGACGACUGCUCAGCUCGAAGACGCUCUGCAUAGCACUAAAGAAGAAAUGUCCCGUCACCUGCGUGAGUAUCAGGAUCUGCUGAAUGUCAAGAUGGCACUGGACAUCGAGAUCGCCGCCUACAGGAAGUUGCUGGAGGGUGAAGAGUGCCGUCUUGCUGGCAAUGUGGGUGUGGCUUCGAUCCAACCUGCCUACACUGCUGUUUCCUAUUCAGCAGGGCGCGUUUACACCCUAGGUUCCUACAGGAGGGGCAUGGCCAAACCUGAGAGUGAGGAGGAGAAGGAAGAGGAAGAAGUAGAGGAGGAGGAAGAAGGAGAAGAAGAGGAAGAAGAAGAAGCAGCUGAAGAAGAAAAGGAAGAAGAGGUGGAGAAGGAAGAGGAGGGAGGAAAGGAUGAGGAAGGAGAGGAGGAAGAACAGGUUGAGGAAGAGAAGGAAGAGAAGAAGAAGAACCAGGAGGUGGUGAAGGAGAAAGAGAAGAGUGAAGACAAAGGGGAUGAGGUUAAAACCGAGAGCAAUAAAGGAGACAAGAGCAAGUAAAGACACGCCCUCUCCAGCUGUCCACACACACAUCUAGACUCUAAUCUUAUUUACACCUCAAUCAAUACACCAUCAUCAUCAUCAUCUUCAUCUUCAUCUCCAUCAUCCAUUUAGGAUGACCACACAGAUCUUCACAUUAGCUGUAUGUACUUCAUGCACUGACCACAAAUUAGAUGUCUGAAUGUUCAGACGAGAAGAACCCACCAUCAUCCAUGAGUUUGGGUUAGGAUGGUGACCCGGUAAACUGGGAUGACCUUUCAACUUAACAUGGAAGUAAAAAUGUCUUAAUGUUAGCUGUAAGUAUAAUUCUAUUAGAACGGAAUCUUAUCUUUAAAAAUAUCUUUCAAAAUCCGAUACGAAUUUAUCUUAUUUAUUCCAAGGAACCAACUGUUUCCCCGACAAGUAGUGUUA